CCAAUGAGAGUCACGGCUGAGAUGACAACUCCCAUUAGGUGUGUUCCUCCCAACAGGUGAGAUGCACAUGCUCAGGGCAUCAGAGGCUCCAACGCUGUGUGGGACAAACCGGGACAUCUUUGACUUUCUUAUUUAUGUUAUUAACUCGGACACUUGAAGAGAAGAGAAGAGAAGAGAGGAGAAGAGAAGAGAAGAGAAGAGGAGAAGAGAGGAGAGGAGAGGUCCUGGGUCCACUCCGUGCCGGCGCAGCAGAGCAGAUGGACCAGAUAUCCAACCGCUCAGGAGUGGGCAGUGAUGAUAUUACAGAUGAGUCGACAUCCAUGGUGGAUGUCAGGUGGAGCUCUGAUGAAGAGAGCUCCGACCCUCAGGGACAGUGUCUUGCAGCACCUCAAACUCCUCUGCCGACCUACAAACAGAGGUUGGAAGAGUUUAAGAAGUUGUUCAAAGAACUGCCGGAGUCAGAAAGACUCCUAGUGGACUACCCGUGUGCCCUCCAGCGGGACAUCCUCCUUCAGGGACGCCUCUACCUCGCAGAGAACUGGCUCUGUUUCUACAGCAAUGUGUUUCGGGGUACAAAGAUAAUACUGACUCUUAAAGACAUCAUGACAAUGACCAGGGAGAAAACAGCUCGCCUGAUUCCCAAUGCUAUCCAGAUCUGCACAAGCACAGAGAAGUUCUUCUUCACGUCCUUCUCGGCAAGAGAGAAAAGUUACCAGGGUGUUUUCCGCAUGUGGCAAAACACCCUGUUGGACAAGCCUCUGACCAGCUUGGAGUUGUGGCAGAUGGUCAAACAGCAUUAUGGGAAUGACCUGGGCCUGAGCCACGAGGAGAUGGAGAGCUUACAGAUGGCAGCAGAAUCAAGAAUGCAGACCAGCCUGACAGUGAGGCCUGGUGGUGAUGACGGUCUAGUGAGGCUGGAGCGCCCUCCUUCACUCCGCCUCAAUGGGGUGGAGCCUGGGCCUUUAGAGACCUCCAGUCCUCAGGGGGAGGACUUUCCUUCCCCUCUCGGCUCGCAGAACUCUCCCAUCACGCAGGAUGACUCUCGCAGCACCCCGUCUCUGCGGCGCAGCCCUGCUCCUUCGCUGGACCGCCUCGCCCCAGAACGGGUUUCCAAACACUCCUCUCUUGACCUCAACGCCAACGAGAACGACGGGUCUGAGCAGACGGGUUCAGAAAGCAUCGAGGAUGUGGAGGAGCGAGUGGGUUUGCCCCAGGUACAGGGUCGACUCUAUCUAAACAAGGUGUUCCACAUCAGCGCCAGCAAGAUGUUUGAGCUGCUCUUCACCGACUCCAGCUUCACCCGCAGGUUCAUGAACGUCAGGAAGACAACCAACGCCAGCUUUACUGCUUGGCAAAAAGACGCCGCAGGAAACAUGAAGCGGAGUCUGAACUAUACAGUAACCAUAAGCAAUCCUCUGAUUGGCAAGUUCUCCACGGCUACAGAGAACCAGACGCUGUACAAAGAAUCCAGGGAUGGUCAGUAUUACCUGGUGGACUCCGAGGUGUUCACUCAUGACGUUCCCUAUCACGAUUACUUCUACAUUCAAAAUCGGUACUACAUCAUAAGUAGCUCAAAGCGGAAGUGUCGACUCAGGGUUUAUACCGAUGUGAAAUACAAGAAGCAGCCAUGGGGCCUGGUUAAGUCUUUCAUCACCAAAAACUCCUGGAGCGGCAUAGAAGAAAACUUUCGACAGCUGGGGGCAGAACUGCUGGAGGAGGAAGCGGAGAUGAAUCAAGGAGGUGGAGACUCUGGGAAGACGGCUGGGCUUCGGAGGAGGAGGCGGACUUAUAGCCGGACUCUGCCAGAGCACAUGAAGCCCAACAAGCAGUACGGACCAGACCCUGAACAGCACAGAGAUGGCAACAUGGGCCCCAUCGAAAUGAACAACCUGCAGAGAUGGAAUACUACGACCUUAGUAGCUGGCAUGAGUGUGAUUUUGCUGAUUCUGAUGGUGAUGAAUCUGGGUCUGUUUUUUAAGUUGUGGGCCAUGGAGGACGUAGCCCACCGCAUGUACGUUAGCACAAAGCAACGGCUGAGGGAGCGGAGUGAGGCCAGCUUGGCCUCUGAAUAUCAGUCCAGACAGGGACCAGAGUAUCGGACCAUAGAGGAUGCGCAGCUGCUAAAAAAUGUACUGCAGGACUCCAUCAACCUUUUAGAACAGCUCCGCAGCUCUCUGGUGGUGCUGCAGCAAACCUUUACUUCUGCCAAUCAGACAGCAGCACCACAGUGAUGCUCCACACCUGGUAACUCCAGAGUCCCCGGCCCCGUGGAGGACAAAAUAAAUAAAUAAAUAAAUAAAUAAAAGGACUGCAGAAGUGAACUGCCUCUGAGGAAAUCUCUGGUAUCCAGUGACGUUGCCAUGUAGACAUCCCCAGACCACUGACGUGCCAUGUGUUGCCAGGGGUUACAAGUCCCAAAGCCUGUGGCAGAGCAUCAGGUGCCUGGAUGUUUUUAAAGCUGUGGACUGACUGCUGCAAGGGAAAAAGUUGCAUCAGAGUCAGCUGCACAUGGAGAACAGUAGCUUCAGGUUUCUGCAGGGUGCUAUAGUCAGCUCCCUCGGCUGGCGUCUUCUUCACUCUUUCCUUUAAAUAGUGGCGCUGAAUUUCAGGAAAACGCCUUACUAUGUGCUAUCGGAAAUGCUUUUAUUUUAUUCCAGGGAUGUGAAUCAAUAUUAUUUAAAACAGCUAUUUUCUCUAUGUACUUUUUUGCACAUAUUUUAAUUUUUGCACAAGUGCCUCGUAGAUUAGGCCGUUUUAGAUAUCUAUUUUAAUUUUUUCCAAUAAAUAUUGUAGAAUCAGUGACUAAAAUUUGUAAUAAUGUAAUACUGUAUUUGAGCGAAAUCUGGUGAACAGAAGGUACUGCUGACAGUGUGCCUUUUCUUUUUUUUUUUUUACACCACAUAUAUGAUUAAUUUUCCUCGUUCACUUGUACAUGAAAUCACAGUUUUUAUGUACUUUAUUUUUUCUUGUUCUACACUGUGAACCAAGUAUAAUAUAUUAGUUUAAUUGUAAAUUCUAGGUGAAGGGUCAGUGAGACACUCUCAGGUUAUCUUCACACUGUCAACACUAGAUGUAAGUUUGUUCUGGGAUUUCCAAAUUAAUAUGAACACUAUUGUCUUUUUUUUAAAUGAAUUGUUGGUGACAUGCCCCUACAAUUGCCUUGUUUGAUGUUUACAGUGUUGCUAUCACCCAUCAUUUUGUUCAGCUGUUCUUACUUGAAGCCAACUCUGCAAGUGACCACUUGUUUAAAAUUGGUUGGUGUUUUGUAGAUUUCAAGUCAUAUUGACAUUUUAAACAAGAAUCAUUAGAAGUUCUGCCAACAUUUUCAAGGUACAACAUAAUAAAGCUGCAAAUUAUUAUUUUCAUCAAUUAUUUUCUUGAUGAAUUGUUAUUGUCUCUAAAAAUAUCUCAAUAUUAUAUUGCUCUAAAAAAUAGUUUAAAUAAAAAUGUCCAUAAAAGCAGCUGACAUUUUUUAGUGCCUUGUUUUAUUCAACCAUCCCACAAAGAUUCAGUUUACUAUUAAGAGACCAAACACAAAGUAAAUUCAACAUUUUAGAAUCUGUUAAUUUGAAUCAUUUACUUUAGAAGUUACUGAAAUGAUUAUUCAAUUAUCAGACUACAGACCACGGAGAGAAGCUGCAGGCUGAAAACAAGCUCAUGUUUAAAUAUUGGCUAC